AUGAAUUUGGAAACUAUUCAUAGUGGAGACUAUUUACUUCUUGCUGGUAUAUAUGCAUCAGUUGGUAGAUUAGAAGAUGCAUUUAGGGUAAGAAGAGAGAUGAAAGAAAAGGGUGUUAUUAAAAAGACUCCAGGUUGUAGCUCAAUUGAAGUCAAUGGUGUCAUUCAUGAGUUUGUUGCUGAAGAUGAUGUGAAUUUUGAGUCUGAGAAAAUAUAUGCAGCUACUGAAAAGAUGAUGAAGAAGAUAAAGUUGGUUGGUUAUGUGAUGAAUAUAGAAGAUGCAAGAUUGGAGGCAGAUAAAUAUCAUAAAGAAAAAUCGGUUUUUCAUCAUAAAAACUUGGUGUUAACAAAAGAUCAAAGAACACUAAAACUUGUAGAUUUUGGAUUAGCAAGAGAAGAGACAGUUACAGAGAUGAUGAUAGCUGAAACAGGGACAUAUCGUUGGAUGGCUCCAGAGUUAUAUGGCACUGUGACACUAAGGCAAGGACGUGAUGAAAAAACGAAACCAUGCAACAGAACUUGCAAGACUCCCACAUGUGAGAUGAGGGAACUACAAACAAAACCAUGCACUAAGAGCUCCAGCAUAAGAAACGCCAAACAAAAACCAUGGAUUUUCAAAAUAAACCUGAUAAUUAAAAAAAAAGAAUGUUACUGGUUAGAAAGGGAAGCUUUCUCCAAUCUGGAUUUAAACAAAGUGGCAUUAGAAAUAUUGACACAUGGAGAUUAA